AAAAGCCGCUUUUUUUUCGCAUAUACGGCGAUAAUGGUGGUGGCAACCGACGACGACUUCACCUUUUCUAUCAAUUCUUUACCCCAAUUCCUCUUCUCUUCUUCCUUCCAUCUGCUUCUCCUUUCUUCCUCUUUGGCAUGGAAUCCUCGCGUUUUACUUCCUGCGUUUCGAUUCCCCUCCGAUAGCCGUAUUCGCUGAGCUCGCGGGGGAGGAGGUGGCGAUGGGGCAGAGCUGCGGCUUCUGGUCAGCCAUCGCUAGUGGGUUUCGUGGAACUUGUGGAACGACGGACGCCGCCGCCAGCGCAUCUCCCAACGCGAUCCAGCCCAAGACCAGUGUGUUCUAUGACGCAGCAACUGAAAAAAGAUAUUUAAAUGCUAGCAACCGUGAACUUGCUGCUUCUCAUGAGUCUGCUUUCUCGAUGGAAAAUAAUCAAGAUCCAACGUCUCAGGACAAAACAUCUCAUCAAUUGCUUCAAUUUACUUUCCAGGAGCUGAAAUCUGCUACUGGUAAUUUUCGACCUGAUAGUAUUCUUGGGGAGGGUGGAUUUGGAUAUGUUUUCAAAGGAUGGAUAGAGGAGAAUGGCACAACUCCUGCAAAACCAGGCACAGGUCUCACUGUUGCUGUCAAGAGUCUGAAGCCUGAUGCACUCCAGGGUCACAGGGAGUGGGUUGCUGAGAUUAAAUUCCUCGGACAAUUACAUCAUCCUAACCUUGUAAAGCUGAUAGGAUAUUGCAUUGAAGACGAUCAAAGAUUACUUGUCUAUGAAUUCAUGUCACGAGGAAGUCUUGAAAAUCAUCUUUUCCGGAGGGCUCUUCCUUUGCCUUGGUCUAGUAGGAUGAAAAUUGCACUAGGGGCUGCUAAAGGACUAGCUUUCCUGCAUGGGGGUUCUGAUCCAGUUAUUUAUAGGGAUUUUAAGACAUCUAAUAUUCUUCUAGAUACGGAGUACAAUGCAAAGCUAUCAGAUUUUGGGUUGGCAAAAGCUGGGCCUCAAGGUGAUAAGACUCAUGUUUCCACCCGUGUUGUAGGUACUUAUGGUUAUGCUGCUCCAGAAUAUGUGAUGACAGGACACUUGACAUCAAAGAGUGAUGUGUAUAGUUUUGGAGUUGUAUUGCUUGAAAUUUUAACUGGUCGAAGGUCCGUGGACAAGAAACGGCCUAGUGGGGAGCAAAAUCUAGUGGCAUGGGCAAGAGCAUAUUUAGGUGGUAGGCGAAGGCUUUAUCAGAUCAUAGAUCCUCGUUUGGAGUUCAACUACUCAAUUAAAGGAGUGCAGAAGGUUGCCAAGAUAGCUUUCUAUUGCCUCAGCAAGGAUUCCAAAGUUCGCCCUUCAAUGGAAGAAGUUGUAAAGGAUCUCAUCCCACUCCAAGACCUCAAAGACAUGGCUUCAUUAUAUUUUCGCUCUCAGCCAUCACGAGGUAAGCAUUCUCAUUGACAAUUAUUUUGCUAUAAUACUGGGAGGCUGAAUAUGUUCUGGUUGCAUUUCAACCAAAUAAUGUUGUGGGUCAUAAGCACCAUGCUUACCUGGAAACUUUCGACACUGUCAAGGUGGUCCAUAAAUGUUUGAACCCUUGUAUCAUUCAUUGUAAUCAUUGCAAUGACUCAUAUGCUACUCGUAUAGAUAGAAUUUCGCAUGUAUGUAAACCAUAAUGACUCUAGAUUAGAUACAAGCAAUCACUCAUCAUUUCUGUUCCUGUUUGUCAUUUCAUAGGUAUCUUGAGUUUGAAUUUAUAUUUCAUGUAUGCGGAUGUAUAUCUUCUUAGAAACUUUGUUGUCGAGUUAAUACCGUAGUUUGAUGAUGAUUACAGAAUUUGGUUUGGCUUGUUGACAUAUAAA